AUGUUAGCAGUGUUGUAAGUGGGAUUGCUUGGUUUUGUGAGUAUUCCAAGUUUUUAGGAUUCUUUAUUAGAAUUUCAUAUAAAUAGACAUUUGAACGGGUUAUAAAUAGAGAUGAACAUAAUAUAAUAAGUAUAUAAUAGUUUGAUGAUAGGAAAUAUAUAUCCAAUAUUAAGCGUAUUUAAAUUAAAUAUUUGGUGUCAGUGCACAUUUGAGACAUUAUUGUUUUGGUGAGUUUUAAAAUUAUUCAUCUUGGUACAUACAAUAAAGUUUAUUUAGGACUUUGGAUACAUAGUAAAUAGCACCAUUUUCAUUUUCAUCUGGUGAAAUAACAGAUGAAAUUUACACAGUAGCAUGGAGUCAUUCUAAUUAUACGAAAUUGUAAUAAUUAUAAAGAGAAAAUGAUCCUUUAAGUUUUUUAAUGAAUAAGAUUACCUAAUCAUUAAUAUUAUCAGAUAUCAUAAUAAAGUAUUAUAUGAAUAAUGUAAAAUAGUAAUACAAGAUCACUUUCUUAAGAUUUAUAGAUAGCAACUAAUGAUAGAAAAGAUGAUUAGACACUCAUUCCAAUAAAUUAUGCAUCUUUAAUGGUUCAUUGUACAGAUUCGUUAGUAGUGAGAAUACCUUAAUUCACAAAAUAUUAAUAAAUUUUGUUGAAAAAUAUUAAUACUACAGAUUGGUUACCAAAAGAAGAAUUUAAAUUGGAUUCAACAUUGAAUUUUACAAUUUCUUAUGAAUAGAAUGAUUAAUUUACAUUGGACCCAUCAUUGACAAUAAGUUAAAUAAUAUCUUAAGAAAAUGAUAAGAAAUGUUAUUUGACAGCAAAGAUUUCAAAUUCUUAUUUGUUAGAUUUAACAACAAGACAUAAUAAAUAACAUAUUAAUCAAGGAGAGAGUGAACAUGAGUUAUUUACAGCAAUUAUUAAUAAUUAAUUUACAACUUUAGCACCUAAAGAUUUCAGCAAUUUGGCAAUAUCUGAAUCUAUAAUCAAAUAUAUAGUAAAGACUAAAAGAUUUAGUGAAUCUUCUAGUAUUACAUUAAUUGAAGAUUUAGCACCAUAAAUAAUUAAUAAAUGUAAGGAAUUGAUACAUAAUAUAACAUUAAAUUCAACAUCUCUAGCUUAUUCAUUUGGUUUAAAUAAGUUUUAUUUAUUAUUUUCAAAGGUUAAUAUAUAUUCAACAAAGAAGAUAUCAUUAAUAACUGCACCAGAAAAUGGAAAACGAUAUGUAUAUGUUGAACCGGAAGAAAAUGAUUUUGAAAUGCCAUCCUUUAUAUUAGUUCAUUAUUUUGAGGAAUAAACUCUUAUUUAGGAACUUUAUGAGGGUACAUCAUUAAAUAAUGUAAGAAUAUUAGAAAUAAUAGUUUUAAUUGUUAUUAUUGUAUUAUCUAUUGGUAAUAAUAUAUACAUAAAUAUUAGUAAUAUUUUUAUUUGUUUGGUUUACAGCAAGUAGAAUUGGGUUAUCUUUUGAAUAACCAAUUAAAAUCUUAACUGAUUUUAUGAAUGGGAUUGAUAUUUAAAAUAUGGAUUAGGAGGAAGAAUUAAGUAAUUAUUAGGAGUAUUUUAAUUCUUUUGAGAUUAAAUCAUUAUUUCAAACUAUGAAUAUAUUUGUAACAACUAUUAAAUAUUCUAAUCAAAAAUAUUCUAAUUCUAAACAUUCUGAUGCUUUGGCAUUAAUGGAAUUAAGUAAGGCUAAAGAUUUUUACAAGAAAGAAAUUGGAAAUAUGAGUGCUGUAGGUAUAUGUGCAAAUAAUAUUGGUAUAUUACAUAUGAAAGGAGGUAGAGUAUUUGAAGCUAUUAAUGAAAUGGAAGAAGCCAUAUAUAUUGCUAAAUUAGAAUUGAUUGAAAUUAAAGAAUUAAAAAAAUGGUGUCUAAGUAUGUAGGCUGCAUUAUAAGAACCAAAUCUAUAUUAAAAUUUUAAAUUAAGAUUAAAAGUAUUAGCAUAAAAGUUUAAAUAAUAAAUGAAAAUUAAUUGGAUAGGUGUACAAAUAAGUAAUUAAGAUAUUAAAUCAAAAUAGAUUGUAAAUUCAUAAUCUCAUAUUAAUAAACCAAGAAUUAAAUAAAAUAAAAAUUAAUCUACAACUUAAUUAUUUUAAAAAACUAACAUACCACAUAUUGCAUUACUUAAUACUGGAACAUAAAAUAAAAAUAAUACGAUACAAACUCCAUCAUAAAUAAAGAGAUAAAGUGGAAGAAUAUCAUUUGCAAAUAAUAAAUAACAUUUAUAACCAAUAAAUUCUAUUGAUUAAGAAUAAUUACCAUAUUAAUCACCUUAGCAUUCUCCGAAUAUAAAUAUUAAUAGAGCUAAUAAAUAUUAAAGUGGUCAUUCAUAUAAUUAAAGUAGUAUUUUUAGUUAGAGAUUGGAUUUGAAAGAGAGUAUCAUUCAAUUAGAUGAUAGAUAUAAAGAAGAAGAAUAUAAAAAUGAUGAAGAAUAAAGAAUAAUUGGAGAUUCUGGAUAAUCAACAGAAGGCAUGUCGGAAUUGUAGAUGAUUGAAGAAAAGAUUGCAGAAUUAAUGAAAAAAAAAUAAUUAGCGAAAGCUAAAUUAUUGAAUAGAUAAUUUUAAUUAGCUUAAUUUAUGUUUACUAUUUGUAUGUAAAAUGAAAUUUUCAUUCCAGAAACACUUAAAUUAUUUAAUGAUUUUGAAGCUAUUGCAGAAAAAGAUUAAAAAUUUACUUAAAGCAAUGUAGUCAGAUUAAUUAAUCUCUAUGUUAAAAAAGCUUUAUGCUAUAUUUAAAUAGGAGAUAUAUAUAAUUUUAAAAUAUCUGAAGAAAAAGCAUAAGAGUAUUACAAUAAAUUAAAUGAAAAUUUUACUUCAGAAUAUAAUUAGGUAGAGUAGGAUUUCAAUUUUGUUGAUAUGUUCAAAAAUGUACCAAAAGAAGUUUUACUAUCUAAAAUUAUGUAAUUAUAAGCCAUAUAUUAAUUAAUUGAAGGAAACUUUAAAACUGGUGCUGAAAUAUUAACAUAAAUAAUAGAACUUGGUGAAUAUUAUGAUCCUGAAGUAAGAGAUUUCUGUUUAAUGGUUUUAGAGAAAAUAUUUAAUUAAUUUAAUAUUUCUCCAUUACCUAUCUUAUAAUUCAGAAACUAAAUUUCUAUUAAUACUUAUGAAAUUUUAUUUAUGAUUGAUUACUCUAAAGAAAUGACUAUAGAAUAAAUUAAUUUAUCUCAUAGUAUUUGUACUAAGAUCUUUCAUAUAUUAUAACCUUAAGAUUUAGUUGGUAUGUAUGGAUUUAACAAUUCAAUUCAUGAAGCAUUUCCAUUAUAACCAAAAGGAACAUAUAAAGAUUUAUUAACUAAAUAAUUGUUUAUGGCUAUUACUAGUCCUGGAGGUAAAUCUAAGUUAUUCUAAUCCUUAAAAUAUGCUGUAAAGAAUUUUUUUGAACAUAAAAUUACAAUUUAUGAUAGUGAAUAAUAGAAAAAGUAAAAUAAAAAUAUUAUUUAUGAAAAAUAAAAAAUAAAUUUGCCACCAGUUGCAGAAGAAGAUGAAAGCUAAAGUAUGAUUGUUGAAUAAAUAGAUGAUAAAAGUUAACAUGUAAUUUUUAGGUAAUUUGAUUUAAUAUUAUAUUCUAUUUUAGUUAAGAUUAUUAGAGUGAGGUAACUAGUUAAUCUGAGUCUGAUUUUGAAGAUGAGAAUUUAUAAUUUUUUAAAAAUGUUAAUAUAGAUUAAGAUAAAUCAUAAUCAACAAAUGAUUUUAGAGAUCAAUAUAAAUUUAUUUGUCUCUUUACUGAAGGUAUUUAUAUAAUUAAAUUUAUAUAUUAGUAAAUAAUAAAAUUAAUGAGAAAUCUUUAUUAAAGUUGAAAUAAAUUAUGGAUAAUAAUUAGGUUGAUCUUAUGGUAUUCAAUAUUGCUAAUAAAAAUGGGAAUAUGUUAGAAUUAAAGAAAAUGUCUAAAAUCACUUCAAGAAGCAUUUUUGUUAAUGCUACAGCUAAUUUAGAAUAAUUAUUUGGAAAAUCACGAUAAAACCAGUUAUAGAAAAAAAUGUAUCUAGAAUUCUUUUGA